UGUGGUAAAAAUUAGAGAAGGUUCAGCACAAGCAGGGAAGGGAGUUUUUAUAAUUUUUUUGUCAUUUUAUUUCGCAUAACUUUUUUAUUUAUAUCCAAUUCAGUAGACAUGCUUAUACAAGAUGAUGUCUGAUCAGUUUAGAAAAGUAGAACCAUAUUCACCAAAGUCCUCGCCCCGAGGAGCGAGGUCACCAGUUGUGUCUCGACAGGAUUCUUCUGGUACCCUCAAGACUACGAUCUCGCUGGGCAAAAACCCGUCCAUAGUACAUAGUGGACCAUUCUAUUUGAUGAAAGAACCUCCAGGAGAAUGUGAAUUAACCGGAGCGACAAAUUUAAUGGCGUAUUAUGGUCUCGAGCACUCGUAUAGUAAGUUUAAUGGGAAAAAGUUAAAGGAAUCACUCUCAUCCUUUCUACCUAAUUUACCUGGCAUCGUGGACGGGCCAGGGCAGGAGGACAAUAGUACAUUAGGAUCUGUGAUAGCUAAACGACCUAUUGGUGGUAAGGAACUGUUACCAUUGACGAGUGCGCAGCUGGCUGGCUUCAGAUUGCACCCUGGGCCUCUGCCCGAGCAGUACCGCUAUGUGAGCGCCACUCCACCAAAGAAACACAAGAGUAAACAUAAAAAGCACAAGCACAAAGAUGGUGCACCUCCCGGACAAGAUACUCCAUUACAAGACUCUUCAAAUCCAGACACAUAUGAGAAGAAACACAAAAAGCAGAAGAGGCAUGACGAUGACAAAGAGCGGAAGAAGCGUAAAAAAGAGAAGAAGAGGAAAAAACAAAAGCACAGCCCAGAGCAUGGCGGUCUCACACCACAUCAGCACCCCAUGCCUUAGAGAUAUACUGCAAGUUAAUGGUCUAACAGUUCACACUUAAUAGUGAUAUAGAAACCAAUUUAAUGUAAAUAAUGUUCAAAUUGUCUGCUGAUAUAGUCCUGAGGAUUUUUACCAUUAGGGAGUGUUCAAGUAUUACAUAACACAAUUUUGAAGAUUUUUUACCCUCCUUGUAAUGUACUGUAGCAUUUUUUCUGUACCUCAGUAACACAUCACAUUUUGCAAUACAAUAUUGCAUUAUGCAAUACUUGAACACCCCUUAUACUAUGGGAAGUAUAAAAAAAUGUAUAUAUAAGCAUGAAUUUCCAGCAAGAGGUAAUUUGAUUUGUUUAUGUAAUUGUUAUAAUGAGAUAUUGUCAAGCAAAUUUGUGAUCUAUUCUCCCAUUGAAAAUCUGUUUUUGUAUUACCAUAUUGUGUUUCCCAUAGACUUGUAAUUUUUGGACACUAUUUAAUAAAAACAAUAUUAUAAACAAUCAACUUUGUUUAUAAUCUAUAAUCAGUCAUGUAAUUAUAAUUAUCGUUAUAUCAAAGACUAUUGGCAUUUAAAAAUUUCAGAUCUGUGUUGUUUGUACCUAUUUGUAUUGGUUUUUAUAUCAUUGUAUACAGGAUGUCCCACUAUCGGUAUACUAAGCGCGAAGGAACUUGUAGUCUUGCACACACUGAUCACGUAA